CAAGCUGCCACACACCGCCGGCUUCACACAAAGCAAUCCAAGCUAGGAUUCCACGACGACGACCUCGGUCGCGCGCGACGGCGACACCUCCCCGGAGUGUGAGUGCUCUCGGUCCUUCAGUCCCAUGGCGUUCAGCUCGGGUACUGCGCUGAAGGUGCUGGCCUGCGCCGUGCUCCUCCUGUCCACCGCCGUCUCGCACGGCCGUUGCGAGGCCGGUGAUAGCAGGCCGGCGGCGGUCGUCGUCGUCGUCGUCACCGGCCGGAAAAUGCUGGUCGCCGGGAACGGCAGCGCAGCGGCGGCGACAACAAGGGCUGACGUGGGAGUGCCGCGGCUCACUCGCGCGGCGGCGGCGGCAGCGGCGUACUCCGAGUCGAAGAGGUCGAGCCCCGGCGGGCCAGACCCUCAGCACCAUUGAACCCUCACUCUCGCGCCGCUUGUUCAGGACCGGCCGCAUCGUGCAUAGUAAACCGAUUCCAGUUCGGUGCGGACAUUUUGCCCAACAGGUCCACCGAGUAAUUAAUAAUCAUGUAUUAAUCCCUAUGGUCGAUGAUAAUUUACGUUUUGGACAGCUAAAAUAAAAAUGUAGAGUAAUAUUAUAAGAGAUAUAAUACUCCCUCCGUUUGUAGCGUGUCUAUUGUCUCGCCAAAAAAUGUUUCACGUUUUAUCCAUUGAGAAUAUUAAGAAAGUAGUUUUUAACAAUAUUUUUUUAUCAUUGUUCCUAAUCAUAUGCUUCCAAAAGGAAAAGAUGUGAUUGUAUCAUACUCUCCCCGUUUUACAAUAUAUAAUGGUUAG